AUUUUAGAGGGUCAUGCGGUAUAUUUGCUGUAUCUCCAAAUCCGCGGUCACACUGACGGCCGGUCCACAUUCUACUCAAAAUUGAAAUUUAACAAAAUAUAUGUUAUAAUGCAAAGGAUUGACCAAUUCUUCAAGCCAGUGCCAGGCAGCACAAAAAAAUCCAAUGGGGACGAUGAGACGCCAUCGAAGGCGCCAAAACGCCGCAAGCCCUUGAUAAUAUCCAGCGAUGAGGAGGAAAUAGCAGCCAGCCCGCAGGAAUCAAAGAAACGGAAGACAAAUCGCAAAGUCAUAUCCAGCGAUGAGGACCAGGUGGUCGCCAGUCCAGAUGGGUCGCGGGCACAGAAGCGUGCCACAAAUGGCGCUGGAGGCAAGAAGCCAGCGCUGUCCAAGCUGAAGCCCAUGCAAAAGGUGGAUCCCUCGCAGCUGUUUGGCGGCGAGACCAAUCGCGUGGAGAAGCCCAAGCAGAAGACGAAGGCUGUCAUCGAGUUUGAGAAUGAGGAUAUCGACAAGAGUCUCAUGGAGGUAGAUCUGGAUGAGAGCUUAAAGACGGUGGAACCCAAAGAGAGAGUGGCUGUGGCUCCCAAGUCGCCCUCCCGCAAACGUGCCAAGCCCAGCAGCCCGGAGCCGACAAAGAGGAACAGUCCAGAGGCUUCAAAACCGAAAAAGCGUAUCAGCCCAGAGGCAGCAAAGCCAAAGACUCCGGAGCCCCCAAAGCGCAGCAGUCCGGACACGCCAAAGGCCAAAGCAAAGCCCAAGACCACGACGCCACGUGUGAAGAAGGAGAAGCCGCCCGCGGAUCUCGAGACGAGCGUGCUGACCGACGAGGAGCGCCACGAGCGGAAGCGCAUGUCGGCAGUGCUCUACCAGAAGUUUAAGAACCGCAGCGCCUGCCUCAAUCCAGGCAGCAAGGAGAUACCCACGGGAAAGCCCGACUGCCUGAAGGGACUCACGUUUGUGGUCACCGGCGUGCUGGAGUCCAUGGAGCGGGAGGAGGCCGAGUCGGUAAUCAAGGGGUACGGCGGCCGUGUCAUGACGGUGGUGGGCAAGAAGCUCAUGUAUCUGGUGGUGGGUGAGGAGGCGGGGCCCAAGAAGUUGGCCACCGCGGAGGACCUCAACAUACCCAUCCUGAGCGAGGAUGGACUCUUCGAUUUGAUCAGGGAGAAGUCGGGCCAGGGCAAGAGGAAGCAGGUGAAGGAGGAGGUCAAGAGUCCACAGAAGGAGCAGAAGAGUGAGUCCAGGCCAAAGAAGGAGGAGCCGAAGGUAAAGAAGGAGGUGAAGCAGGAAUCUCUGGUCAAAGUAGAGAAGAAAGACUCCCAGGUGAAGAAGGAGAAGGAAGAGGAUUCCCUGCCAGCAGUUACCCUCAAGGUGAAGAAAGAGCCCACAUCCGUGGACACGUCCCAAGUGCAACAGAGGCCCGUGGAGAAGCCCCUGGAUCUGGGCAGCAUGGCCUGGGUGGACAAACACAAGCCCACGAACAUCAAGGAGAUCGUAGGCCAGGCCGGAGCAGCCAGCAACGUAACCAAGCUGAUGAACUGGCUGUCCAAGUGGUAUGUGAGCCACGAUGGCAAGAAGAAGGCGCAGCGUCCCAAUCCCUGGGCCAAGAACGACGAUGGCAGCUUCUACAAGGCGGCCCUGCUGUCGGGACCGCCAGGCAUAGGAAAGACAACGACAGCGACGCUGGUGGUCAAGGAACUGGGCUUCGAUGCGGUUGAGUUCAAUGCCUCCGACACUCGGAGCAAGCGUCUGCUCCAGGAUGAGGUCUCCACGCUGCUGGGAAACAAGUCUCUCUAUGGCUACGUGAACGGACAGUCGCAGGCGGUGUCCAAGAAGCAUGUGCUGAUCAUGGACGAGGUGGACGGCAUGGCGGGCAACGAGGAUCGUGGCGGCAUGCAGGAGCUGAUUGCGCUCAUCAAGGACAGCUCCGUGCCCAUCAUUUGCAUGUGCAACGAUCGCAAUCACCCGAAGAUCCGUUCCCUCGUCAAUUACUGCUUUGAUCUGCGCUUCCAGCGGCCGCGUCUCGAGCAGAUCAAGGGCAAGAUCAUGAGCAUCUGCUUCAAGGAGAAGGUCAAGAUAUCCCCGGCCAAAGUGGAGGAGAUUAUAGCAGCCACAAACAACGAUAUUCGCCAGUCCAUCAACCACAUCUCCCUGAUGAGUGCCGGAGAGCAGAUUCCCACCCAAUCGCAGGCCAAGGCCGAGCCAAAGGUGGCCUGCAAAGACCUAAAGCUGGGUCCCUGGGAGGUGGUGCGCAAGGUUUUCACCGCCGAGGAGCACAAGCGAAUGUCUUUUGCCGACAAAUGUGAUUUAUUCUUCCACGACUACAGCCUAGCGCCACUGUUUGUCCAGCAGAACUAUCUCCAGGUCACGCCUCAAGGCAACAAAAAUGAUAUUCUUGGUAAAGUGGCAGCCACAGCGGAUGCCCUCAGCAUUGGCGAUAUGAUAGAUAAACGGAUCCGUGCCAACUCCGCCUGGAGUCUGCUGCCCACGCAGGCAUUCUUCAGCUCUGUUCUGCCGGGCGAGCACAUGGCAGGCCAUUUCACGGGGCAGAUCAACUUUCCCGGCUGGCUUGGCAAGAACUCGAGGACUACGAAGCGGGCAAGACUCGCCCAGGAGCUGCACGAUCACACCAGGUCUUGCACCUCCGGCUCCAGGCUCUCCAUCCGCCUGGACUAUGCACCCUUCCUGCUGGACAACAUAGCUCGUCCGCUGGCCAGAGACGGCCAGGAUGGGGUGCCCGCUGCACUGGAUGUGAUGAAGGACUACCACCUGCUGCGGGAGGAUCUCGACUCACUGGUCGAGCUGACCGCCUGGCCAGGCAAGAAGUCCCCGCUGGAUGCCGUGGAUGGCCGUGUGAAGGCGGCCCUGACUCGUUCCUACAACAAGGAGGUGAUGGCCUAUUCCUACUCCGCCCAGGCGAACAUCAAGAAGAAAAAGUCAGAGGCUGGUGCCGGCGAUGAGGAGCUGCUGGGCCUAGAAGAGGAGCUCGAAGAGGGCGAAACGAAGCUCGCAGACUCGGAUGAGGACGAGGAUAAAGAUAACCUAGAACUAGAUGGCCUGAUCAAGGCCAAAAAGAAGUCGACAGCUGCCAGCACGUCGAAGGCAGCGGGCGGUUCCAAGAAGUCGACUGCCGGUGCAACGGCCGCCAAACCCAAGUCCAGGGCUAAAAAGUAAAACAAUUUAGUUUAUCCACUAAUUAUUUCAUUGGUUGUUAUUCCAUUUUCGAA